GGGCCCCGCGAGCAGGCGCGCAACGCGAGCUGCCCGGCAGGGGGCAGGCCCGCGGACCGCCGCUUCCGGCCACCCACCAACCUGCGCAGCGUGUCACCCUGGGCUUACAGAAUUUCCUAUGACCCGGCAAGGUUCCCUAGGUACCUGCCUGAAGCCUACUGCUUGUGCCGGGGCUGCCUGACUGGGCUUUUUGGGGAGGAGGACUUCCACUUCCGCAGCACCCCAGUGUACAUGCCUGCUGUCAUCCUGCGCCGGACCUCUGCCUGUGCGGGCGGUCGCUCAGUGUACAUGGAGGACUACGUCACCAUCCCAGUGGGCUGCACCUGUGUCCCUGAGCAGGAGAAGGAUGCAGACAGCAUCAACUCCAGCAUCGACAAGCAGGGUGCCAAGCUGCUUCUUGGCCCUAACAACAAGCCGUCUAGCCCCUGAAGGACACCUGGGAAGGGUUGGGGGAAGACUUGGUCAGCUGCCUGUGCACAGUACACAUGCAAGGAAAAUGGACCCAGCCCAAUAGGAGCAGUCUUUCAAUGUAGAAUAGUUGGCAGGUUAUCUGACCCAGGUAUUCCCUGGUUUGGUUUUAUUUUAUUUUUUUUAGGCAAAAGUGGGCACAGAAUUAUUAAAGGCUGAUGGGAAGAUGACCAGGUACAGGGCAUCGGUGUGGUACUGGCAUAAAGCCAGCCACACAGAACUCAGUAGCAGGCAAAUGGGUUUGGAAAUGGUUUCUUCAGGCUUCCUGUGAUUGCAGCAGUGUGUGUGGCUGUGUGUGCUCAGCAGUUAGGUGGUUGAUCCAGGAAGGAGAUGCAGAUACAUAAGUUUUUUCUUUAAAAUCUUUUUUAAAAAAGUAGAGUACAUACUACUUUUUAAAGCAACUGUUUUGAAUAGGAGCAGAAACUAUUUUUAUAUUAGCAAUUUAGAGCAACUAUAUUUAAUUUGUUUUUUACUUGACAUAUAAGCAAUUUAUAACAUUGUUUUCCUCUGAUAGGAUUCUUUAGAGGCAUAUUUGGACUCAUCAGAUAAACUCUUUUCAGCUUGCAUGUGGCCUGGGGCUCUGAAUUCAACCUGCCCGCCCUUGGCUGACAAUAAUGAAAUGGAUAUAUCUGAAUUUGACCUAUUCUUUCUUCCACUGAAAGUCUUCACAGGCCAACAGAUGAGCAGAAAGGAUGCCUAGAAGUGAAUUCCACAAAUCCAAACUUGUUUUUAUUCAGGAGUACAUAAAUGGUUUCAGACUAAUAAUAACUUAAAUUUUUCUCAUUAUUUUGUUGUUGUUGUUUGUUUGUUUUUAUUUUUGAAAGCCACAGUUGUCAAUUUCUGGACAAAAAAGUGGAAUAUGACAUCUUUGCCAACUCUCAGGAAGAAUCCUAUCCUGUAUUGGCCUAGUUAAGACCAGGCCAGUAUGAAGGCAAUGUGGGCCAAAUUAGAAUUUCCAGAGAUCAAUGUUGAAGUUUGUCUUACUUUUCUAUUUAGGUUCAAAGUCUGUCCCUGAAUGCAAUUAUUUGUAAACGUUUUUUUUUUUUUAAUCAUUAAAACAAUUGUAGAU